AGACUCUUGAGGCGUAGCUAAAUGGGCGGAGCCUCUGGGCAUCCUGGAGCAGGUGCCUAGCAACAGCGGAGACAAGGAACCAGGGAGUUAGCUCAGCCGGUCAUGACUGACCACAGCCAGGUGCCUGACAAUGCCCCCUCGAAGAAAAUUCCAAAGCUACGUGUUCAUGCUCCUGAAGACCGAGAGAAGACCCUGCAACGUAUCUUUGGGACAAGCCAGGUGUUCUACAGCAAUGAUAGGAAACCAAGGACAGGAGGAUCAACAGUACCUGUCAAAGUCAGAGAGUACUAUCACCAAGGCCAUCAGUGCCUAGAACAAGAGGACUGGGAGAAUGCCGUGCUCUUCUUCUCCCGCGCUCUCCACCUGAACCCCAACAUGGCAGACUUCUAUGUUUUCCGAGCCGAGGCCUUCAUCCAGCUCUGCGAUUUCUCCUCCGCCCUGCAGAACCUGCGCAGGGCCUACACCUACCAGCCAGAGAACAGCAAAUACCUGGAGCGGCUGGCCUUUAUACUCUACCUACAGGGCCAGUGCUUGUACGAGCUGUGUGACUUCCAGGAAGCCCUGUAUGUCUUCUUGCAAGCCUCUGACCUCCAGCCCCAGAACCCUUCCUUCAGUUACCGCUGCAUAGCCUGCCUGCUGGCCCUCAAUCGACAUCAGGACUGCCUCUCACUCGUCACCAGGGAGGUGAAGCAGGGCAGGGCCAGUGCCGAUGUCUACAUCCUCCGGGCUCGGAUCUACAACUUCUUCCAGAAGCCCAAGCUCUGCUAUCAGGACCUUCGAAGCGCCUUGCUCUUCGAUCCCAAGCACCCACAGGCCAAAGGGCUACUCCAGAUGAUGGUGAACCAGGCCAAGCAGUCCUUUCAAGACGCUAGCAUCCUGGCCGUGCAGGGCAAGCUGCACCGUGCACUGAAGCGUAUCUGCUGUGCCAUUGAGAACAACCCCCUGGACCCCAACCUCUUCCUCUUCCGGGGGACCAUGUACAGACGGCUCCAGCAAUUUGACCCAGCUGUGGAAGACUUCCUGAAGGCGCUGGACAUGGUGACUGACAGCCAGGACAGCCUGGUGCAGAAGGCACAGCGCCAGCUGCUGCUGACCUACAACGACUUUGCUGUGCACUGCUACACCCAGGGCUCCUAUCAGGAGGGCGUGCUGCUGCUGAACAAGGCGAUCAGGGACGAGCAGAACGAGAAGAGCCUGUACAUCAACCGUGGGGACUGCUUCUUCCAGCUGGGCAACCUGGCCUUCGCGGAGGCGGACUACAAGCAGGCACUGGCACUGAGCCCGCAGGAUGAGGGAGCCAACCUACGCAUGGGUGUGCUGCAGGAGAAGAUGGGAUUCUGUGAGCAGACACGCAGGCAGUUCCAGACAGCAGAGGACCACUUCUCAACAGCCAUCAAGCACAACCCUGAGAAGGCCCAGUACUACCUGCACCGGGCCAAGAGCCGACAGCUCCUGCAGAACAUUUUGGGGGCCCGCCAGGAUGUUGCCACUGUGUUGCUCCUGAACCCCAACUAUCCAAAGAUGGCCCCACUGAUGACCAACCUCUUUCCUGGCAUGACUGUGGAGGACGUGCUUAAGAGCCAAGUGGCCCAACUGGCCAAGCUCCAGCUAAGUCGGAUGCUAGAAAGUGGUCCGAAGGCCAUCCACCCACAAAGCAUUGUGAUGCAGAGGUUAAUGGAACGUCAGAAAGCCCGAGCCUUGAUGGAGUCCUGGAAUCGGGAAUAUACUUUCACGGGGAACCUGGAAGAGGAACUGGCUACUCCUCCGACCUUGCAAGGAAAGACUGAACUCGAGAGAAGAGGAGCAGAGGAUAAAAAGGUGAAGCCCCGCAAGGUGAUAUCCCUGUCAGACAGCUACGUGGACCAGACCUCCUCGGGCUCAGUCUUCAGCAAGCUGGAAACCCAGGUCCCAGAUCCACACCUCAGGUACAGGCCAGAUCCGGGCCGCCGGCAGCCGCUUCGACCCCAUGCGAGCUCCCGGCUGCCCACCCCUCCGUCUUGGCUCCCACCCCUCACCCGGCAAGUCCGGCCUGAAGUCGCAUUCGCAGAACGAGCUGAAGCUGCAGUACAGAGAAGCCACGUCCCAGGCGGUGGCGGUGGCAAAGACCAGUCCGAGCAGCCCGAGGAUCGAGCCCCGGGGCCAGCAGCCUCGCCUAGCAACAGCCAUCCGGUUCAGUCCCAAUUUCGGCCUGAGGCCGCCCAUCGCCUGGACCUGUAA